AUGCGCAUGGCUGGGCUGGAGGUGGACAAGCUCUACAGCCUGGAUAGACGGCACGUGCUGCUCAAGAUCAGGCUGCCGAGGAUCAAGCUGGAAGAGGUGGCCGAGGUGAUGCGGCUCAAGGUGAGGAGGCGCGACGGAACCAUCGGCAGGUUUAAGAAGGACCACCGAAGCUCAUUCUCGGGGGGAACUAGCGGUGAUCUGUUCCGCUCCGGCGAGAGCCAGAAGGUGAUCGACCACCUCAUCCGCGCCAAGAUCAAGGACGGCGGGAGCGAGCUCGACGAUCGAACCGAGCUCGGGAAGCACAUCUGCAAGCGCAUGCCGCUGCACAACCAGGCGCGCCUGCAGGCCCUCUACGACUCCUGGGUCGUCUACUGGCGGGGCCCCAGUCAGCAGCAGGCGCAGCAGCAGGAGCAGCAGCGGAGGCUGAACCUGAGGAUUCGCCGCAGGCACGGGCAGGUCAAGGCGCGCGUGGAUAGCACGGCCGGCGGGGUGGUGUCGGGAUCUGGGGCAGCCGCGGGUGGUGGAAGCGGGAAGGGCGCUGCCGGCGGUAAACAGGGUGACAAGGGCGAUGACGAAGACGACGAGAAGGAGUGGAGGACUAGGUCGGAGCGUCUGGGCGAGAGGUUCGAGGAGGCAAAGGAGGCGGUGGUGGCGGCCACGAGGCUGUCGAUGGUGGUGCUCAAGGGUAGCAUGUGGCAGCCCUUGGAGUCUAUCGCUGACUACUACGGGGAGGCGACGGCGUUCUACUUCGCCUGGAUGGGAUUCUACACCCAGGGGCUGGUUAUCCCUAGCAUCUUCGGGCUCAUCGUCUUCGGCUGCCAGGUGCACGCGAGGACGCUCGACCACCCCAUCAUGCCCAUCUACGCCGUCUUCGUCAUGCUGUGGUCCUCGGCCCUGCUGGUGCUGUGGCGACAGCGUUGUUCGGAGCUAGCCUACAGCGGCUGCUGCUACGAAUUUCGUACGAGGUGCGGGUGGGGGGAGGCACAGAUUCUGGUGAAGAGGGACGGGUCGUCGGCGGUGGACAAGGGCAUGGCCGACCCGGCCUUCUGGGCUGUGAUGCUCGUCAAGCCCAUGCUGUACGGAAUCAUGAUCCCCAUCCUUUACGGCCUGUGCAAGAAACUCGGUGUAUUCCUGAACAAUCUGGAGAACCACAAGACGGAGAAUAAGUACCGCAACGCCCUCAUCGUCAAGGUGUUUUCUUUCCGGUUCAUGACGGUGUUCGCGUCCCUGUACCACUACGCCUUCAUCAGCCGCGAGGGCACUCCCAACUACAAGCUGCUGCGCCUGGCGGCCUCUCUGUGCUCCUUCAUGACCAUCGGACAGUGGUGGUACAUGAUCUGGAUGUGCUACAUUCCGGGCAGGGUGCAAAACUGGAAGAUCGGGAAGCUGAAGGCGAAGGUGGGCGCGGAGAGGAAGAAGCUGGAGAAGGCGGAGGCGGACGAGGCCGCGGGGGGCGGCAGCGGGGGCGCCGGCGAGGCUAGCAGGAGCGUGCGGCGCAAGCUUUUGGAAGAGGCCGGGGACCACUUGUGGGAGGAGGCCCUGCUCAAGGAGUACAACAUGAUCGACGUCUUCGACGACUACACCAUGAGUCUCAUCCAGUUCGGGUACGUGGCGCUCUUCUCGGCCGCGUUCCCCCUGGCCCCUCUGCUGGCCAUGAUCAACAACCUCGUGCAGACCAGGGUGGACGCCCACAAGAUUUGCAAGACUCGGCGUCGGCCGAUCGCACUAAAGAGCGGCGGCAUCGGGGUGUGGGACAACGUGCUCGAGGUGAUGUCGGUCAUCGCGGUGAUCACCAACUGUGCUCUUAUCGGGGUGACAUCGGAGAGGUGGUGGCCGGCCGACGUGUCUCGCGCGACACGGAUCCUGGUGGUGGUUGUGGCGGAGCACAUCAUCCUCUUCCUUAAGUACUGGCUGGAGUCGUCCGUGCCCAGGGUGCCCCUCAAGGUGCAGCGGGCCCUGCAGCGCGAGCGCGCGGAGCGCGACCAGAGGGGCGGCCUGGUCUUCGCCGGCAGCUCCGGGGUCGGGGGCGACUACGCCAAGUUCGAGGCUAACUUCAGCCGUGCGCUGACGACCGGAGACACGGCGGACGCCGUCUUCGCUAAGAGCGCCGGCGGCGGGGCCUUGUACAGCAGCAACAGGACCACCAACAACCUGCGAGGAGGAGGAGGAGGAGGAGGAGGAGGAGGAGGAGGAGGAGGAGGAGGAGGAGGAGGAGGAGGAGGAGGAGGAGGCGGGCUGAUGGGUCUGGAUGCCACGAGGGCGGUGGUAGUGAGCGAAGACCUUACCGCCACGACUCCGACCCCGGGAGGAGGCGGGGGUCGAGCGCGCAAGGGCUUCUCCGUCAACCUGGGGGGUUUCUCCUCGACGCCGGCGGCGGCCUCCCCGUCUCCGGCGACGGCGACCGGGGCUGACGGGCGCCGGGGGGCCAAGCCCGGGUUGACGGCGACCCAGAGAACCACGUCGAGGUCGAUGAUGAUGUCGCCGCCGCCGCAGCAGCGGCGUGAUGGCGGUGGUGGUGGCGGCAGCGGCGGCGGCGGCGGCGGUGGCGGUAAGUUUUCUUCUACGUCUUCGGUGCCACUUCCGCCUCCGAGUGCAGCCACCGUGGGGGGAGGAGCCUCCUGCUGCAACUACGGCGGUGGCGGCGGCGACGAUUCGGAGGUGGCCCCGUCGUCGUCGUCUUCUCCUCCGCCGCCGGUACCACCGAGACGUUUCGAAUGGCACGGUCAAGAGCAGGCGGCAGUUUAG